GGGGGCCGGCUCCCUCCCUCCAGGUGGCCGCCGCCGCCGCCGCCGCGGGGCUCGGCGGGGGCGGAGGGCGGCGGCUCCCGGGGCCGCGCGCGUACCGGGACCAAUUGCCCAACACUCCGGCAGGAGCCGGGCCGGGCCCGGGCCCCGGGAUAAAUAGCCGCCCGGCAGGGAGCGGCAGGGGAAAGCGGCGGCCGCGGUCCUCGCCGCACCACCCGCCCGGCCUGCCUGGGCCACCGCGCCCUGUGCUGCGCCCCGGCGCCCCCGCCGAGGCCCGUACCCAGAACCAACCUACUUCAUGAGGCCUUCCACUCCUGCUCUCUCCUUGAUUGCCUUCAUUUCCCUCCGAUUCCUAAACGCAUUUCACUCAAGAUUCAGGGUCCUGGGAGAGAGGUCCUGAUGGCCUCAUUUGGGUCAAGUACCACAGUAUGGGUCAAGAUCAAGGCACCUUGAUUAACAGUCCCACCAACUCUCUACCCGUAAGGAAGAUACAAGUUCCCCAAAGGGAAGUGGUUCCAUUACAAAAGGAAGGAAAUGAAGACCAGACUGUUUGUGAAAUCACAUUACAAAAUAUAGAAUAUCAGAGAACUAGCAGGACCUACAGAGAAACAUCUCCUUGAUUUCACCUUACAAUGGAAUUUAAAAAGUCACCUGAUGGUGGAUGGGGCUGGAUGAUCGUGCUUGUCUCCUUCUUUACUCAGUUUUUGUGUUAUGGAUCCCCGUUAGCUGUUGGAGUCUUGUACAUAGAGUGGCUGGACGCUUUUGGUGAAGGGAAAGGAAAAACAGCCUGGGUUGGAUCCCUUGCAAGUGGAGUUGGCUUGCUUGCAAGUCCCGUCUGCAGCCUCUGUGUCUCAUCUUUUGGAGCAAGACCUGUGACGAUCUUCAGUGGCUUCAUGGUGGCCGGAGGCCUAAUGUUGAGCAGUUUUGCUCCCAAUAUCUACUUUCUGUUUUUUUCCUAUGGCAUUGUUGUAGGUCUCGGAUGUGGUUUAUUAUACACUGCAACAGUGACCAUUACAUGCCAGUAUUUUGACAGCCGCCGAGGCCUUGCACUUGGCCUGAUUUCAACAGGUUCAAGUGUUGGGCUUUUCAUAUAUGCUGCUCUGCAGAAGCUGCUGAUUGAGUCCUAUGGACUGGAUGGAUGCCUGCUGAUUGUGGGUGCUUUAGCUUUAAAUAUAUUAGCCUGUGGCAGUCUGAUGAGACCUCUCCAUGCCUCUGCUUGUCCUUUGCCUGAAAAAACAGCUCUGGAAAAUGUACCAGAUAGAUACUCCAUUUACAAUGAAAAAGAAAAGAACCUGGAAGAAAACGUUCUUGAGAAGAGUUGCGGUAGAGAGGAAACCUGCCAGAGCACCUUGCCCAGUGGUGACUGGAAACAGGAGAGUUUACUUCAUAAGAACCUGACAACGGCACACACAAGAGAGACUGAAACCUACAAAAAGAAAGUUGCAGAGCAGACAUAUUUUUGCAAACAGCUUGCCAAGAGGAAGUGGCAAUUAUAUAAAAACUACUGUGGAGAAACUGUGACUCUCUUUAAAAACAAAGUAUUUUUAGCGCUCUUCAUUGCUAUCUUUCUUUUUGACAUCGGAGGGUUUCCACCUUCAUUACUUAUGGAAGAUGUAGCAAGAAGUUCAAAUGUGAAAGAAGAAGAGUUUAUUAUGCCUCUUAUUUCCAUUAUUGGCAUUAUGACAACAGUCGGUAAACUCCUUUUAGGGAUACUGGCUGACUUCAGGUGGAUUAAUACCUUAUAUCUUUAUGUAGCUACCUUAAUCACCAUGGGCCUGGCCUUGUGUGCAAUUCCAUUUGCCAAAAGUUAUGUCACGUUGGCAAUACUUUCUGCGAUCGUAGGGUUUCUUACUGGUAAUUGGUCGAUCUUCCCAUAUGUGACCACAAAGACUGUGGGAAUUGAAAAAUUAGCCCAUGCCUAUGGGAUAUUAAUGUUCUUUGCUGGGCUUGGAAGUAGUCUUGGACCACCAAUUGUUGGUUGGUUUUUUGACUGGACCCAGACCUACGACAUAGCAUUUUAUUUUAGUGGCUUCUGCGUCUUGCUGGGAGGUUUUAUUCUGCUGCUGGCAGCCUUGUCGCCCUGCGAUACAUGCAACAAGCAACUCCCCAAGCCAGCUCCAGUGACCUUUUUGUACAAAGUUGCCUCUAAUGUUUAGGAGAAUAUUGGAAGGCACUACAAGACUGUUUUCUUAUAGCAAAAUUUCACUAUGGCUGACUCUGAAUGAAUUUUUUACAUAUCCUAUUCUCUGUGUACUGUAUACAUAACCUCUAUUGCCUGUGUUUUUUUUCUCUUUUUUCUUUUUCCAAGAUGUGGGACUAUUCUGUUUUGCUAGUAUUCAUGAGUUCUUGACAUUGUAAAAAUUUUGGUCAGCCUCAGAAGGCUUUCUCUGUGUCAAGAAAUAUAAUUUCUCUGCACACUCUGUUGGUUCCAACGCAAGGCACCCAGAGGGAACUCUUCUGUUUUAUAACUGAUGCGGGCAGCCUGAUGAGAUAUGUGUGAAGGCCGCUGGGGACUAACUCAUUCUCUUUUCUGUUAGACCAGCUAGUAAAUAGAAGACUUCGAGCCAGUCAGGAAGUGAACAUGGUUACUAAAACAGCCUUAAGAAUUGCAGUGGAGCAAACUGAUCCUUUGAAAAAAGAUAUUUUAAAUUAUAGUCACUGGUUUUCAUGAUUCUAAUUUAUUUACCUUGAUGAAGCACCCACUUGUUUGGUGUCCACUGAGCAUAAAUCGUUUCAAUUCCGAAGGAGAUUGCCGAGAUGCAGGCAGUCUCCAAGCAGAGGAGCCGUCGCUGUAGCCUUUCUUCAUGGGUGGCCGCUGUAACCUUGCUCACUUUGUCAGCAUCCGCUAAGCUGUUGUUUCCCAGAAAGUGCUGAUUUUACCUGUUUCCAAAUUGGAAAUGCAUAUUUAAACCAUUCCAUUCUGGCAAAUGGGAAACAUCCAUUUGCUUCGGGCACAGUGGGGAUGAAUUGCAAGUCCUUGCAUAUCUUCUCGAUGAAGCAUUUAUUUGCUACUAUUAGAUUUUACUGCUAUCAAUCCUUAAUUCAAGGACAGAACUAAAAAGUGUGUGUGUGUGUGUGUGUGUGUGUAUUGUGCUCUGAGUCUGUGUGGGACAUGGGAAGGGAAAAGGGCAAUAGGAAAUUGAUACCCUGAUCCAACUUCAUUCAAUCUUAAGAAAAAUGUUCUAGGAAGAAAAUCAAUGUUUAAUAAAUUGACAUUUUUCUAAAGAAAUGUUUUUAAAACUUUGCUAUGCAUCAGAAUCCUCUAGAUCCUUUAAAAAAUAUAGUUGCCUGAGUAGCACUCUUAGAGAUUUUAAUUCUGUAGGUCUAGGCUGUGGGCUAGGCGUCCAUAUUUUUAACGAACUCCUCAAGUGAUUCUGAUAGUACAGCCUGGGUUGAGAAUGGCUGUUCUAAGACUGGCAAUAGAGAAACAUUUAUUCUCUUAAAUAGAAAACAAAAACCCAAUAAACCAUUGAGGUAAGGGGUUUUUAAAAAUAGCCAAGUGUGGUUCUUUAAACUGGAGGCACUCUUCCCAUUGUGCCAAAAUUAUCUUUUCAUUUCUUUUGAAAUAUGUAAGAUUAUUUUAUACUUCUAUGUUGCCUUUCUUCAAAGGCGCCUGAAGCACUUUAUAAGCAUGAGUCCCCACAACACCUCAGUGAGGUAGGUAACUAGCGCUUUUCUAUGCAGUAAACCUGGAGUAUGGGGAACUUCACGGCUGAGUUAAUCCUACUCCAUAACGCAAUAGUGGGGCUCCAAAGCGCCUUGGACUUCUGCUCCAUACUCAGACUUCUGGAAAGUUUUCUGUACCUCAUUCUUUAGUCACUGUCAAGGCUAGUAAAUACAAUAAGUGACAUUUAAAAAAAUUAAACUAAAUGGUUUUGUGUUGACAGUUCCUUUUUGCCAAUAUUAUACAGGAAAUCCAAUAACCUGAAAAUUUUCACUUUUAUGACAUCUCCACAUUCAUCAAUGUUGACAGCUGUUCAAGCGCAUCUUCACUAUGUCUACUAAUGUCGUCCAAUGUGUGCAUUAUCUGUUGUCUAGGGAAUGAGUUUUAGGUGAUAAUAAAAUAUUUUUUGUUUGUUUUGCA